GGAUUCAUUGAAUCUUCCCUGUAAUCUGAAGUGCCACCUUUUUUAGCUUGAAAGAGCUCGUUAACAAUGAAGAUAUUCAAUUGGAUGCAAAGCAAGUUGAACGCCAAGCAAGCUGCUAGAAAGCCAAUUACACAUCAUAUGGUGCAAGCAACUUCGAAAGAAGAAUUUAGUGAUUGGCCUCAAUCACUGCUGGCGAUUGGGACAUUUGGAAUUAGUAACUUGAAAGCAGAUCCAGAGAGGGAAAGUUCCGAAGAAGUUGGGGAACUCAUCCAAGAAGAACUAAUCUCUUUUUUGGACGUUGAAGAAUCUGAAUCAGUUGAAGAAUCAGAAGCUCAUGAACCUCCAUGUGAGGAGGUUGUAAAUAGGGACAUAUGUGUGCAACGUAGCAUCUCUGGCAUGUCCUCUAGAGGGAUGACGGGCAUUUUAGUGGAUCAUAAAAAUGUCAUCAGAAAGAAGUCGCUGACUUUUCUCCUUAAGAAAUUCUUCACAUCCAGGAAUAGGUUUAACAAUAUAAAUGACUCCUUGCACCCAACCUUCGACAAGUCAAGAAUGGAGAAGAUAUUGAGAGCUGUACUGAACAAGAAGAUACAUCCCCAAAGUUCUGCUUCCAAGCCAUUGCCAAACAAGUACUUGGUCAGUCAAGACAUAUCCAUGGAUGAUGAAAUCUCUGAGACAGAGGAUGAUUAUGAAGGAAGCAGCACAUGGGUUAAGACAGAUUCUGAAUAUAUUGUUUUGGAGAUUUGAUUGGAACCAGCAAUAUG